AACCAAAUCAAUUUUUUGUAAUCAACAUUAUUUGUUGACCUUGUCAAUUUUUGUUAUCAUCUGAAAGAAAGAAAAUAUAUCACAUAAUUGGCAGACAUUUGUCAAGAGUAUUACAAUAUUGGUACUCGUCAAUCAUUGCGAAUGUCAAUUACAAAACAGCAAUGACAGCAAUGAUUAAAAUAGUUAAAACCAAACCAUUUGAUGGACAAAAACCGGGUACAAGUGGUCUUCGUAAACCGGUCAAAACAUUUGAACACCCAGGUUAUCUGGAAAAUUUUAUUCAAUCGAUUUUGGAUGUUUCGUUAGCCGAUGUUAAGGAUCGAAAAACCGUACAAUUAGUGAUAGGUGGUGAUGGCCGUUAUUAUUCAUCGCAUGCAAUACAGACAAUUAUUUCCAUGUGUGCUGCCAACGAGGUUGGUCAUUUGAUUGUCGCUCAAAAUGGUAUAAUGUCAACACCGGCCAUAUCGGCUGUAAUUCGUACGAGAAAUGCACAUGGUGGUAUUAUUCUUACUGCUAGUCAUAAUCCAGGUGGUCCUCACGGUGAUUUUGGCGUCAAAUAUAAUUGUUCCAAUGGUGGUCCAGCACCUGAUCAGAUAACCGAUGCAAUCUAUGCUCGUAGCAAAGAAAUCCACAGAUACAAAUGUUUGGAAUCGAUGCCCGUUGUGAAUGUUAGCCAACUUGGCCAGCAUAUUAUCAAGUAUUCUGGUGAUGGCGAAAUGAUGGUCGAAGUAGUCGAUUCGGUUGAUAUGUAUCUAGAACUGUUGAAAAGGAUUUUCGAUUUUGAAUUAUUACGUCGAUUCGUUUCGACCAAACGAUUACGGAUCGAUGCAAUGAACGGUGUAAUGGGUCCUUAUGUUUGUCGAAUCAUUGUACAAGAACUGGGUGCCAAUGCAGAUGCAGCCGUUCGUUGUAAACCAUUACCAGAUUUUGGUGGCCAUCAUCCGGAUCCAAAUCUAACUUAUGCAGCCGAUCUGGUCGAUCAGAUGCGCAACGGAGAUUAUGAUUUUGGAGCUGCAUUCGAUGGUGACGGAGAUCGAAACAUGAUUCUCGGCGCCAAAGGUUUUUUCGUCACCCCAUCUGAUUCGUUGGCUGUGUUAGGCGAAAAUCUGGAACAAAUUCCAUAUUUUCGUGGUCGUGGUGUAAAAGGCUAUGCAAGAUCGAUGCCAACAUCAAGAGCAAUCGAUCUGGUAGCAAAGAAAACCGGUCUUAAAUGUUAUGAAACACCAACUGGUUGGAAAUAUUUCGGAUCACUUUUGGAUGCCGGUAUGGUAUCGAUUUGUGGUGAAGAAAGUUUCGGUACCGGUUCUGAUCAUAUUCGAGAAAAAGAUGGCCUAUGGGCUGUAUUAGCGUGGCUAUCGAUUUGGGCAACUAUGCCUGAUCAUAGUGUCGAAUCGAUUGUUCGACAACAUUGGCGCCAAUUCGGUCGAUGUUACUAUUCUCGUUAUGAUUAUGAAAAUUGUGAUGUCGAAUCUUGUGAACGAAUGAUGGCCACACUCGAUCAUAAGAUUGCUGCCAAUCAAUUGCCAAAGACAAUCAAUUCGGACGAUGGAAAAACUUACCAUGUUGAUAAAGCCUAUAAUUUUGGAUAUACUGAUCCGGUAUCCGGUGAACAAACAUGCAAUCAAGGUUUAGUCAUUCAAUUCAAUGAUGGUUUAUGUCGCAUUAUGUUUCGAUUAAGUGGAACAGGAUCGACCGGUGCUACCGUUCGAUUAUAUCUCGAACAAAUGGAAAUGGAUUCGGAAAAAGCCGUUUCCGGUUGUUUAGAAGACUAUAUACGACCAUUAGCAAAAGUAGCGUUGGAAAUUUCAAAGUUGCAAGAAUUUACUGGCCGAGAUCGACCUACAGUUAUUACAUGAUUGAAUAAUUGUAAUAGACAUUUUUGUUGAAAUAAAAUUUUAUUCUUUUUAUUCAAAA